AUGGCAUUUCGAGCGGACUUCGUCCUUAUGCCAAGGACGGAGAUGCAGUUCACUCUGGCGAUGAUCAAACCCGGGCAAGUUUACACUGAGCCAUACCCAGAUCAAGGAUCGGUCCAGAUACACUUCCUGCACCAAAUCAUGUGGCAUGCCAGAUGUAACAUAAACACUGGACUACGCGACCGCCAAUUCGCUCCAAGUAGCAUCUUUGGGGGGUGGCUGGGAGUCACACGCACCUAG